UCCGUUUACUAAUCUGACAAACGAAACAAUUGUUCGUGUUUAAAGUGAAUAUUGUUUUAAUGUAAUCUUGAAAUAAAAAAUAAGGUACGUUCAAGUGUAAGUUUAUGUAGUAGUUUCUAUUGUGCUGUGAAUCCUAUAUGUGAUUACUUUUAUGAUGUCUCGCAUUCCGAAGUUUCCUUCAACUGCUACAAAAGAAAAUAAGCCCACAUUUACAAAUGGUCGUAAUAUAACGCGAACAUUAGGCAUGGGGCUCAGUGAGGCUGAUAAGAAAAGCUUGCUAUUAAAUCAUACUAAACCUAUGCGAAGUACUACAUCCGCUACUAUAGCAGCGCCCCGCCUUAAAAGAUCAGCUACAGCACCUUCCUCUGCUACGGUACCUAAUAAAACUGCAAAAGUCGAAAAAAAGGCUACUACUGUAGCACCUAGGAUUGCUCCUUAUGAUUACAAAGCUAGAUUCAAUGAUUUGGUAGAAAAACAUAAAGCCAUUAAAAGUGAAUUAAGUGAUUUAAAGGACAAACAUUUGGAAGUAUCAGACGAAUAUGAAAAAGUUAAAGAAACAGUUGAAGGAAGUAUUUCUGAAAGAGAUAUGUUAAAGGAAAAAUUAUUAAACACUCUUAAAGACUUGAGGCAGAAGUCAACUGAAUAUGAAAGUUUAAAGCUGGAUUAUGAAAUACAGAAACGAGAGAAUGAGGAAUUAAAUAAUAAAAGUAAACUUUUAGAUGAUGUCACUAAGAGCUUGAAAUUGAAAAUAAUGGAGUUUGAUAAACUUAAGAUAGAUUUUGAUGACUUGACUCGACGUCAUAAAAGUCUAAAUGAGGAAACUGAAGCUUUAAGGGUUUUGACUGAUCACCUGAAGAAAAUAUCUGUAGAAUAUGACAAAUUGCAAUUAGACUAUAAGGAUGCAGUUUCCACAAUAACAAAAAAUAGAACAGACUCUGAAGCUUUGCAGAACAUUUUAGCUACUAUGUUUAGAGAUCAGAGAGUUUUACGGAACACUGUGCAAGAUUUGAAGGGUAAUAUUCGGGUCUACUGCAGAGUACGGCCUCCACUCGAGUCAGAAGCAUCAAAGCCUUUGUACAAUCUUAAUGUCCUUGAUGCAUGUUCUAUAGAAGUUGAGAAGAUUGAACUUCUUAAUUCUGCUAGAAAAGGAAAAUCACAACACUCUUUCUCAUUUGAUGGAAUAUUCACUCCACAUUCCUCUCAAGAGGAUGUUUUUGCUGAAGUUUCUCCAAUGGUUCAAUCUGCAUUGGAUGGUUAUAAUGUAUGUAUUUUUGCAUAUGGCCAAACUGGUUCUGGAAAAACUUAUACUAUGGAAGGUGGUUGUGGAGUUGAACAAUAUGGUAUUAUACCACGUGCAAUUAAUAUGAUAUUCACAUGUAUGGAAGACCUUAAAAGAAUGGGAUGGGAACUGACCAUUAAAGCAUCCUUUUUAGAAAUUUACAAUGAAAUAAUUUAUGAUCUGUUAAACUCGAGUAAGGAACAAGAAAGUCAUGACAUAAAGAUGGUUAACUCGAAAGGCACAGAUUUAUAUGUAUCCAACUUAAAAGAAGAAGAAGUAAAGAGCUCUCAUGAUUUCAUCAGAUUGUUGAUAUUUGCUCAACGUAACAGACAAACUGCAGCUACAUUGAACAAUGAGCGGAGCUCCAGAUCUCAUUCAGUUGCACAAAUAAAAAUAUCUGCAAUAAACGAAAAACGUAAGGAAAAAUUUACUAGUAAUUUAAAUUUGGUGGACUUAGCAGGGUCUGAGAGUGGGAAAACAACUCAAAGAAUGGAUGAAACAAAACACAUUAAUAGAUCACUUUCGGAACUUUCUAAGGUUAUAUUAUCUCUUCAGACUAACCAGUCCCAUAUCCCGUACAGAAAUUCGAAACUUACUCAUUUAUUAAUGCCAAGUCUUGGCGGCAAUUCAAAAACUCUUAUGUUGGUUAAUGUUAAUCAAUUUGAUGAAAGUUUCAAUGAGACUCUUAACUCCUUAAGAUUUGCCACAAAAGUUAACAGCUGCCGAACUGUAAAAGCUAAGAAAAAUAUAACAAUGGUUGACACAUUAUAAUUUUUACUAUGACAAUAUUUUGCAUUAGAAUGACACAUGAACACUUAUAGUUAUACCAUCUACUCUGAAUUUAAUAUUAUCAGUAUUCUGCUUUAACAUACAUAUUUGUAUUGAAUACUAUUAAUAAGUGGUUUAACUAAAUGUCCUUUACUAUUUUGUUUUAUAGUUAAUUUUUACAUGUAGUACUAACUAACUUCCCACUGAAUGUUCCACCGAGAAAUGAAACAGCUCUUAUAGUUUUAAUUAAUCAAAUGUCCUUAAACAAUGAU